CACAGGGCAGAGCGGGCGGCGGUUGGGGGGAAACGCUUGCUGGCUUUUUCAAAGCCGACUUCGCUCUCGCCGUCUCCUUCGCCUCUUCCCUUCGGAGGAGUGAUUGGCAGGCAUGCAGCCCAAUGAGACCGGGGCUAUUACAGCUACGUACGUACCCGCCCAUUAGCAAGGCCGCUGUGAUGUCUGGACGGGAGAUGGGACGUAAUUGGACUGACAGCACCAAGAGCCUAUGGAGUGUGGGCGACCAACGUGCUGUGUGGAAGGAGGAAAUUUCAAAAUAAAGCAGAUGUUGCAUCGUGCACUGGUAUCUCAAGGUUUUCCAAGUUACUCUCUUCUGUACGUGUUGGCAGGAAUGUAAACCUAAUGUUCUAGAUUAAUGCUGGAGGAAUUGGCUAGAGGUGCAGUUAACAGAUUCAAUAUUAAAUAAACAUGGGUGCAUUCUUGGAUAAACCAAAAACUGAUAAACAUAAUGCUCAUGGUACAGGGAAUGGCUUGCGUUAUGGCCUCAGCAGUAUGCAGGGAUGGAGAGUGGAAAUGGAAGAUGCUCACACAGCUGUUGUAGGUAUUCCUCAUGGCCUAGAGGACUGGUCCUUUUUUGCUGUCUAUGAUGGUCAUGCAGGAUCUCGUGUGGCAAAUUACUGUUCAACACAUUUAUUAGAACACAUCACCAACAAUGAUGAUUUUAGGGCGUCAGAAAAACCAGGAUCAGCUCUUGAGCCUUCAGUGGAAAAUGUCAAGAGUGGAAUCAGAACUGGCUUUUUGAAAAUUGAUGAAUAUAUGCGCAAUUUUUCUGACCUCAGAAAUGGAAUGGACAGGAGUGGCUCAACAGCAGUGGGAGUUAUGAUUUCACGUGAGCAUAUAUACUUUAUCAACUGUGGUGAUUCGCGUGCUGUUCUCUAUAGAAAUGGACAAGUGUGUUUUUCAACACAGGAUCACAAACCUUGCAACCCAAGGGAGAAGGAGCGAAUCCAGAAUGCAGGAGGUAGUGUAAUGAUUCAGCGUGUUAAUGGUUCAUUGGCAGUUUCUCGAGCUCUGGGCGACUAUGACUACAAAUGUGUUGAUGGCAAAGGCCCUACAGAACAGCUUGUUUCUCCAGAGCCUGAGGUUUAUGAAAUUUUAAGAGCAGAAGAGGAUGAAUUUAUCAUCUUAGCUUGUGAUGGAAUCUGGGAUGUAAUGAGCAAUGAAGAGCUCUGUGAAUUUGUUAAGUCUAGGCUUGAAGUAUCAGAUGACCUGGAAAAAGUGUGCAAUUGGGUGGUCGAUACUUGUUUACAUAAGGGAAGUCGUGAUAACAUGAGUGUUGUACUAGUUUGUUUUUCAAAUGCCCCUAAGGUCUCAGAUGAGGCAGUGAAAAAGGAUGCUGAGCUGGAUAAGCACUUGGAAUCACGGGUUGAAGAAAUUAUGGAGAAGUCGGGUGAGGAAGGAAUGCCUGAUCUUGCUCAUGUAAUGCGCAUUUUAUCUGCAGAGAAUAUCCCAAAUUUACCACCUGGGGGUGGUCUAGCGGGCAAGCGUAAUAUUAUAGAAGCUGUGUAUAACAGGCUGAAUCCACACAGAGAGAAUGAUGGGGACCCUGGCGAACCUGAGGAAAGUGGAACACAGGGGAAAUUGGUGGAAGCUCUCAGGCAAAUGAGAAUUAAUCAUAGGGGCAACUACCGCCACCUUCUGGAGGAGAUGCUGACUAGUUACAGGCUAGCUAAAAUACAGGGAGAAGAGUGCACUGCUGAACCAGCUACAGCAUCUACUUCUGAUAAUCUUGCUGGACCCAGUGACCCAGUGGCAGACACCCAAACAGAAUCUGAGAAUCAUCUUGCUGAAAUACAGAGCUCUAAUGAAGAUUCAGGGAGAAAUGAGAUGAGUGAUAAACAGGUGUAAUGUCUUUGUGUUGCACAUAGCCGAUUUGAUAGCUUGACCUAGCUGUUCUAAUGUAUUCAUAUGUCAGCACAUUGUUGCAUCAGUUCUAGAAAGUUAGUUUGUUUGUACCUACAUUUAUAUGUACAGACUUUUUAUAUGAAAAGUCAUCCUUUUUUGAGUAAUUUAAAAGUUACUAUUUACUGUAGUUUGGAUUAAUAAACAAAAUGUAAUUAAAUUUUAUAUUAUGUGUAGCAGGAAGCAGGACAUCUACAUUGCUGGUAGUUGGUAGUCUUAAGGUUUUACUUUUUUAAAACCCUGUGACACCAGUGAUAGGAAUUUUUGACAGAUGCAAAGCAAGUUUUUCUUUGUGUUGUAAGCGCAUUCCUAGUGAAUGCUGAAUUUUAAUACUUUACAUUACAUAUAUUAAUUAGCAUCUUAAUCAAAUACACCUUUUGUUCAAAUUUCUGAAUUGAAUUAUUUCACAGCAUACUAUCCUACAUAUUGCAUGUUUGUUUGAAUUGUAUAUAGUUCACAUUAUCAUAGUUACAAAAAUAAUUUUUCACUUGUUUUAGGAUUUAUGCCACUCUUUUUUUCCUCCAUGUAUGGUCCUUUCAAUUUAGACUGUAUCCUCUGUUCAGUGUGAAUAUCUUACUUAUUUUCUCGAGAACUGUAUCCUUCACUAUUCCAUAGGUUAUAGCAUAAUGUAUAUCAGACAAUAAUAUGUACUUAAAAUUAGUGUUUAGUGUGAAGCUCUAAAAAUUUGUUUAAAUCCAAAUAAAAAAUAUGAUGUGGAAUAAUAUCUGUAUGCAUAUUGACUUUAUUUAAGUAAUGUUGUUGAUAUUAUGCUACCUCAAGCUUUUUGGAAGUUCAUUUGAAAUACCAAUUAUCUAGUCAUGGUUUGGAAAUAUUUGUAGCUACUGUUAAUAACAGACAACAUGGAUCGUGACACUGUUUAUUAAACUAGCUAUUCCUACAAAUAUUCUGGGAGUUUUUAUUAUCAUAACUGUAAUCUGUGUUCUAGCAAUAUUUCAUAGUUUUAAAUUAAACACUACAAUAAAAUUGAGGCAAACAUGCUGUUGUAUUUUAGGUUAUAUUCUACAUUUUGUGUUAUAUUCCUCUUCAUUUUGUGUACACACAUGCACAUACACACUUUCAAGUAGAUUAGUGUAUUACUAUGUUACUGUGAAUCUAACUGCCUGUAGUUUAUUUCUGAAAUGCCAUUGUCAAAAGUAUGCCAUUGUCAGCAGUGACAAAGGUAUUUUGUCACAGUUUCUAUUAUAUUUUGGUUGCAGUUGUUGAAGCACUUGCACAAAAUUAUAGCUUUUAUCAUCCAACAAAGAUAUAAAUAAAAGUUCACUACCUCAGUGAGUAAGAUCCUGUGAGAACCUCUUGCUAAAUUCUCUUUCAAGAGUUCAGAAAUCUUCCUUAGCAUUUCACAGAUUAUUAUGUUUGUUUUUUUUAAGUAAUGGUUAGCUGAUGGAUUGAUGGACUAAUACACUGGGUGAUUUGUUUAGGUUUUUAUUUAUAUUCAUUGCAGUGCAUUAUUUUUAUUGCAUUAAUAUGUUCUGUAAGAGAAAAGCAUAGCUAAGCUUUUAAUUGGUAGUCAUGCUGCUUCCAGAGAUGAAUUCCAGAGAUUCUGUGGACAGAGAUAUACAUGGAAAAAGCGAUUUUGUGUAUGUGUGUAAAUUAGUAUAGAAAACGUGACCAUUCCUUUCAUUUUUUACUUGCUCGUGUUACACUUUAUUAUGUUGUUAGAAUUCAGUUAAUUAUGGAUGUUUUUUGUAUUGGUUAGUAUUAAUAUUUUUCCUCUUCUUUUCCUGUAGGGUGCUGGAGAUCUAGAAGAUCCGUGGUAGCCUUACAAAUCUACUAAAAUGCUUUUGAUUCUGAAAAAAGUGGG